UCCCUCCCCCGGAGCCGCCCAGGCACCUCCUCCCUCCCGCCUUGGGCCGCCGCGGUGAGUCACGACGGAGGAGGCGGCCGCGGCUCCGUUCCACUCCGCACGGCUCCGCUCCGCUCCACCCGCCCGCGUCCCGGCUGCCGCCGCCGCCCGAUCCGCAGAACCGCCGGGGCCGGCCCGGCCCCGCACGCAGAGCUGUGGCCUGUUCCUGAGCUUCGACUGACACAGGAGAGCAGACAGACCAGGAUGAACAAAACCACAGAGUGCUAAUAGAUAUCUUUGCAGCAUGGUCUUGUUUGGUGACCUAAAGAAGGGCAGUUUCCUCAGACAUUUUUCCCAGCUACGAUCAUUAAGCAGGCCUGGAGCAGAGGGUGAUCUGAUCUUCUGUGGUUUUUAGAAGCAGGACAUCCAGGAGCUGGCAGGAGGGGAAUGAACCGUGAGGGCGUCCCCGGAAAGAGUCCGGAGGAGAUGUACAUUCAGCAGAAAGUGAGAGUCCUACUCAUGCUGAGGAAAAUGGGAUCAAAUCUGACUGCUAGUGAAGAGGAGUUCUUACGCACGUAUGCAGGUGUAGUGAAUAGCCAGCUUAGCCAGCUCCCUCAACACUCAAUUGAUCAGGGUGCUGAGGAUGUUGUGAUGGCAUUUUCCAGAUCAGAAACAGAAGACAGAAGACAGUAACUACAGGAUACCUGAACAACACAGAACUGGAGAGGACAGUGAGAUUCCUUAAGAUGGAGGAUGGCUGAGCAUUAAUAAGUUCCUUUGCCCACCCUAAUUGUUCCUUGGUAUUCCUUCUCCUUUGUAAUUCUGUUUCCCUGUGCCCAAACCCUCAGAAUGCAUCUUGCAGCCAUCUGUUCUUGUAAGAUUUUGCUACUCAGCUGGGCUGUGUUAAUUAAGGACAAACCUAAGGGUGUAUUUUUGAUUGGCUCAAAGGGACAGGCUAAAGGAAGGCAAUUGUUCAAACUUGACCAAUGAAAAACUUUAAUCUCACGUUUUAUUUUAUAUUUUCAAGAAAGUCUCUUGACAACCUACUUCUAAAGCAGCUUUUCAUGCUGUGGUGCUUAUUUAGGUCAAACUUGUGAAUUUGAAGAGGGUUUGAUUUGGCUGCAUAGAACUGGAAGCAACUUGUGAUUGGUUGACAAUGCUUUCUCUUCAGUUGGUUUGCAGGUAUUUUGCUGACUUUGACAUUUUGAUUGCAGAAAGCUGAUGUUUUGGUGCAUUGGUUAUUUCUUUAUACUUACUGACUUGGGGGGAAAAUAAGACAAAUGUGCUUUGCAAUAUUUAUUACAUCUACACACAUAUAAAUGCUUGCUUUGGGGGUUUUGUUUGGUGGGUUGUUUUCUUGUUUUGUUGUUGUUUUUUGUUUUUUUUUUUUAAUUGGCUUUGAAAUCAUGUUUUUGAUUUCCAGUUGGCUGCAGUGUCUCUGAUGCAAUCAGUUUUUCCAUGCUCAUCUGCUCUGUGGCCUCAAGCUCUUUUGGGAGCAUGUGUCAAAAGCCUUUUUUGUUCAAUAAGUCUACCUGUUGAAGCUGGAAAAAGGAGAUCACAGGAGAUGCUGUGGGGCUGUGUGGGCUGCACUAUGAACUCCUGGCUGCUCAGGUGGCUUCUCUCUCUUUGCUUCUGACAGAGGAGCUGUAGAUAUUUUGCAGGAAUUGCAAGAAUGAGAUCUAUGGCUGUGACAUGAAUUUGCCAAAUUUGUAUAGAGAAUAUGUGAACUUGUUUAAAAUACUACAUAGAGUUCCACUUUAACCCUUUAAUUGCUGCACAAAACUAGCUCUCACAAAAGGAAUAAUUAAUGAUCAUUAACUUAAAUCCAACUUGCACUGGGCUUUAAUAAACUAAGUUUCUAGUCACUUGAAAUCUUGUAUGUGGUUUGGCUCCUUGCAACUCUUUGCUGAUAUGGAAAUUGUCUGGAUCCUAAAAUAAUCCCAUUUCCUUGAUGCAAUCCCAUUUUCUUUAUGCACUGUUCCAAGAAGCAGUAGCACUGCAUGAAGCUGCCCAAUAGUGAGUAGUGACACUCUGAUUUACUCUCUUAGUAGUUCCAGGGCUUUAAAACACACACAAACACAGGCAGGCAUUUACAGACUGAAAACCUGCAGUGAAAUUCCCCAAAUGCACUGACUAUUCAGGAAUCUGCAUCUAACAUUUCUAGCACUGCUGUCUAAACCAUAGCACUUUGUUUUCUCUUGUGCAGGUCAUUCUUACAAUACUUCUAGAUUUUCCUGUGGGUUGCACUGACUUUAAGAUGUUUCAAAAUUUCUUAAGGCAGAACUUGGUUCACCUGUUCCUCAUUCUUUUCGUGUGAUUUUUUUUUUUAAUUAUUUAAAGUAACAAUUCCAGAACCUGACUGUGACAACAUGACCAUUUUCCUGGCAAGAAAUGAUGACAGGAUGCUGUUAUGGUCUCAAAGUGGGGAACAAGCCUGAGAGAAGCUAUGGAAUGGAUGCAAAAGGAAGAAUGGACUUGUGAGCACAAAGAGGGAAAAUAUCUUGACCACAUAAAUUGUGUCAUGAGAACAAUUGUACAUCUGUUUAUGAAAUGGAUCCUUUUGAUUCAAGUGCAGCUUUGUAAAGUUCAAUGUGAAAGCAAAUCUUUUACCCAUUUGGGGCCAGAUAAGAAAUUUCUUUAUUAAAAUAAACCAGGAAUAAGCCCAAAAG